CCCAAAUUCUUUAACCAGCCAGCCCCUAAAUCCCUAACAUUUGUUACUCACUCCAUCUAUAACGAAGCUGCAAUUCAACGAGCUCCUCUCCCCCUUCUCGUUUUCUCCCCUUAGGAAAAAGAAGUCUUCAAUCUCAGAUCUGAUUCAGCAUUGGAAUAUCAAUAUCAGUGGUCCAGGACUGUAAGCUGUAACUUAAUUAGGUUACCGGUUGUAGUUCUUCCUAUAGUGUUUCCGUUUUGCAGACAUUGCAUUUGAAAAAGGCAAGCAUUCAAGCCUAAAUUUGAAUGAUAGAGGCUAGAGUCAGAAACAGCAACAAUACUAUCUGAUGGAGUUAAGGAGCUUGACCCAUUUUCACUUUAUCAAUGCCAUUAAAGGUGGUUCUGUGGCAAAGUUCAUGAAUGUGGAUUUUCGUGGACGACCAGCACUCAAAUUUAAGGAAAUCAAGGAAGUAUACAAUUUAAGAGACACCGAAAAUCAUGAUCAAGUUCCAACAGUUCAUCUACGUGAUGAUUUAGAGAGCUCGCCAACCGAAUGUAAUGGGGUUGAGGUAGAGACCACAGCCUUCUCUUUGGUGAGAGGAGUAAAAAUCAAAAGCGAACCUGAAGAUUGUGAUUUGAAUUGGAGUAACAAUGGUGAUGAAAGAAUUGGCGACUUGCAUGAUCUUAGCUUUGUCAAUAUGACGUUGAGACAGCUUAAGAAGAGCUGUAAAUCAAAGAAAAGAAAAUGCUCGAACUUUGUUGGUUUAAAUAAAGAAACCAUGAAAACUUGCUCUAGUGUGGAACAUGAGUUGCCGAACUUUUUGCCCGAGGAUGAUGGAUAUGAUCUUGAAGAGCCUCUUAUUAGUUUGAAAUCCAAACUAUCCAAGAAUAUGAAGAAGAGGAAGAGAAAGUCUUCAGGGAAGAGCGUCUCUGUUUCAUCUCCAAAUGGGGUUUCGCUUGCACCUGUCAAAGUUGAGGUUCCUGAGCCAUGUUACUCAAAAUGUGGAACCAUGUUCGGUGUUACAUCUGUUCCAAGGUUUAGUCACAGUAAGCAAGUGGAUUCUACUGUUACUGUAUCUAAUGAUGUUCCUGAAACUGCUAAUGUAUAUAGUUCAGAGACUAAGGUGCCUUAUCCUACAAAAGAACCUCAAUACGAUUCGCUUAAUGAAGUGUCCUAUGAAUACAGGGGAAAUUUAGAGUCAGAAUAUGAUGUGGGGAUUUCUAAUUGGGAUAUUGUAAAGGUAGACAGUCCAGAAACAGUAAGUUAUGAGUACUCUGACCUGUCAGAAUUUAGAAAGGAUGAUUAUAUUUCCCGUCCUCUUUCUUAUGAUGUCCCCGUAGAAUUAAUGUCUCCAACAAAGGAUUAUAAUGGUUAUAGUUUGAUUCGAGUUCCAGAGAUAGCCAUUCCUUGUGGUCUAGGAGGAGGUAGUACAUUGUUUCCCGUAGAAGAACCUGUACGCAGUGUUUCGAAUGGGGUGUCUUGUGAAUAUAUUGAUGUUAUUCCUCAAUCUGGUGCCAGUUCUUCCGGUUGGGAGAUUGUUAAGGUAGACAGUCCAGAAAUUAUCAGUUACCAAUGUUCAGGCUCGCAAGUAUUUGGACAAGAAAGUUAUACGGUCUAUGCUUUACCUAAUGAUAUUUCCCCAGAGUCAAUGCCUCCAACCAAGGGUUGUUCUCCUGAUUUGGAUGAUAGCUCUAUAAAUAAUUCUGCUGACCACCAGACGGCUUGUCAAACCAGCAGUAAUGACAGAACUGAAGUACCUGAGACAGACAAUGAUGAUAGCCUCCAAUGCUUGGAAAAUAUCAAUGAAGGUAGUACAUGCUCCCAUGAGAGCAGAACUGCACAUGGUUGGCCUUUAAACAGUGCCAUCAGUCCUUCCAGCGACGAUGGGUUGCAUCGGAGUUCGUCAUGCCUGAAUCUCACAAGACAUUCAGUCCCUGUCUUUGGCGCUUCUUCUUCAGCAGGGAAGCAAUCCCAGUUGCCUGCCUCCAUGGCAACUAAUGACGAUGCUUCGGAUAAGCCUAUGACAUCACCAGGAGGUCCAGAUUAUGAUCAAAGGAAUCAGCAACAUCAUCCGGAAAGGCUUCUUUCAUAUAGAAAGGCCAUUUCUCCAACCUCCCAAGAACGGCUUUGUCGGGCUAUGGAGUUAACUGGGUUGGAUGAAGAUGAGCGUCAACAAUGUAGAGGGAAAUUAUACUUUGGGAAGCAGACCAAUCAUAGGAUGUUAAAAGCUCAUGGCCUUGACCAGUUAGGGAGAGAUGGAGCCACUAUCAAGCCAAAACCAUUUAUGAGAAGUGCAAAACAAGAUAAGAAAGGAUCCCCCCCUAAGGGCAUUCUCAAGGUUCAUCCAUCUCGUACGGCACCACAUGUUAGCAGUGCAUGCACCACUCUCCAACGUUGUUCGCAAAGUGCCAUUGCAUUCACGCAGAGACAAAUGCGCGAUAUUGAAUCUUUAGCAACUAAACUCACAACUGAGUUGAAGUCCAUGAAAGAUAUUGUGCUGGGGCAAUUGCAGCCUGAGUUGGAUACCACUGCAGCCACAGAAAAUGCUGAUGAGGUCAGGAUAGCUGUUGAAAGUGCAACAAAAGCUGAAGAAACUGUAAGAAAAUGGCUUUCAAUGAUGGCAAGAGAUUGCAACCGUUUCUGUAAAAUUAUGAAACUAACCGAGGAUUCCGACACUGCUGCUUCCGAACGUGUAAUCCAAAAAGAAAGGAAGAUCACCUUUGCUGAUGAGGCCGGUGGAAAGCUUUGCCAUAUCAAGGUUUUUAAGGAUGAUAUGGACAGCAGCAACACAGCUUCUUUACUACAAUGUGGCACUGUAGAAACAGAGAUAUCUGGUUGAAUUUGAUUUUAGGGCAUCUCUUACGUUUUUGCAGUGACCCCUUGUGUUGUUACAUACCAAGUUGAUUCAACCAGAAUAUGCGGCAAAUAAAGACACCACGCCAUUGACUCCAUUGAGGUUAGUUUUUAUUGCAUAUAUAUAUAUGCAUGAGUUGAGGGGUACUUAAAUUUAUGAGAUGUUCUGCUGCUAUUUGUUUGUUUUGUUCAUAUUUGGAUGAAUGUAAUAAUGUUUAAUUAUGUUGAAUGGAAUCAUUAGUGAAAUGAUCAAUUAAUUUGGAUUUCGAUCUUCAGAAAACUCUUUAUCCUUUACUCUUAUUGGAAAAAAUAUAUUAUUUAUACAUGCAUGGUAGGUUAUUAAUA